UGAAUGCAGUCGGAAGCUUGAAAAUGGUCGGAAGAAUGGAAAAAGCAAUUUUCCUAGUACUAAUACUUGAAAUAUUCUUUGUAGCCACAGCUACUACAGAAGAAACGUGUAAAUCCGAACGAGAAAUUGAAGAACAGUGCGGCCCUCAUACCUAUAAAACUGUGAAGCCAAUGCUCGAUUACUUUCGUCAAAUUAGAAAUGAGUUAGAACUAAGUGAAUUUAAGGAAAAGCAGCUAAGCGAGUUGAAUUCGAAUCUUAUGGACAAGUAUCAUGAAAUUGUAAAAUUGCAUGAAAAAGUUAUAAAGGAGGCAUCUCUAAUAGAUCAGUAUAAAAACCAAAUACAAAGUAAGGAAAAUGAAUUGCAACUAUAUAAAGAAAAAGUUGAUAAAUUAGAGUCUGAUAUUGAAUUACAAAAAAACACUAUUAAUGGAUUAACACCAAAUUCCAAACUUUUCGAACAUUUUGAUAAAUGCAAGGAAAAAUUAGUAGUUGAAUCAAAAAAUUUAGAAAUUUGCGAGGUUCAAUUGAAAAAAUUAAAUUCUAGUGUUAUUGAAAAGGAUGAAAAUAUUUCGGGAUAUAAUGCAAAAAUUCAAAACGUGACAGAAAAUCUUAAAAAAAUUGAAGUGCAAUUCGACGAGAGUCAAACAAAAUUAAAAAAUAAAGAAAAAGAUCAACAAGUAUGUCAAGGUGAGGUUGAUAAAUUAAAUGAAGCACUACAAAAUAGUAUUCCCUCUAGUUGUGUUCCAUUUGGACAAUAUCCUGGGUAUCGUGAAAUCAAAGUUUUAGGCAGUGGUAUCUUCAGUGUUCUCUGUGAUAGUCAGUUAGCUGGGCCUGGGUGGAUAGUAAUUCAACAGCGAGUUGGCGGAAACGAGAGUUUUGAUAGAGAUUGGGCUACCUACCGCAAAGGUUUCGGAUCCUUCGAUAAAGAUUUUUUCCUUGGUUUGGAAAAUAUCUAUCGACUCACAAACUCGCAGCGUUACGAGCUUUAUAUGCAUUUGGUUUUUUUAAAUGGUACUUCGAAAUAUGCGCGUUAUGACGAUUUUAAAAUAUCUGAUGAAAGCCAAGGAUAUGUACUGAGAAGUUUGGGUGAAUUCAAGGGAAGUGUUAACGUUGAUGCGAUGAGAUACAGUCAAAACCGUAAAUUCACUACACUCGACCGCGACAAUGAUGUAGCUUCUAGCAAUUGUGCGGUUGCUUACAAAAGUGGCUGGUGGCAUGGAGAUUGUUUUAAUAGCAACUUCAACGCAUUAUAUGGAAUCGAUUUCUUUUGGUAUAGAAAAUUCAAUCCACUUAAAGUAGCUAAGAUGCUGAUACGUCCAAACAAAUUAAUUUGAUACUUGAAGAUAAUUUACAAAUUGCAACUAACCAUGCAAGUUGCGAAUACAUUUAAUUUUUGA